AUGAUUUCAUCUAUCAAUCAAUCUCUCUCCUUCUCUCUCUCUCUCUCUAUCUAUCUAUCUAUCUAUCAGGAGCAGCAGGCCGACCCAACUUCAGCAGGAGCAGCAGGCCGACCCAACUUCAGCAGCAGCAGCAGCAGCAACAAGCCGACCCAACUUCAGCUGCAGCAGCAGGCCGACCAAACUUCAGCAGCAGCAGCAGGACGACCUAACUUCAGCAGCAGCAGCAGGCCGACCCAACUUCAGCAGCAGCAGCAGCAGCAGCAGCAGGCCGACCCAACUUUAGCAGCAGCAGCAGCAGCAGGCCGACCCAACAUCAUCAGCAGCAGCAGGCCGACCCAAUUUCAGCAGCAGCAGCAGGCCGACAUGACUUCAGUCGCAGCAGCAGGCCGUCCCAACUUCAGUAGCAGCAGCAACAACCGGCUACAUGAUAGCACUAGUCUACACUCAGCUACAUGGACGAAAAGACUUCACCAGCGCCGUCCGCGUCGAUCCUCUCUCUCUCUCUUCCUAAGCGCCGACGCGCUCUUUACAAAAGUGCCGACAUCCGGGCAUCGACUGGACCUCGAACAUCACUGUUCCAUUCGGCCUACCUCCGAGCUAUCACUUUGA